AUGAGACGGGAGUUGGGCGGACGGAUCUGUCAAUGUCUGCCAUUGCCUGACGGCUACAACUUGGAACGACCGUCCAAAAAACGGAAGCCGUUGUCGAUAAUGAACACCGGCCUCUGGCGUGCCUCCCUUCCUGACACCGAUGCUGACGAGAUGGGAGAAGACGUUAUGAGGAUAGCCGUCACAUUGAAGACUUGCCGUCACAGCUUGGAGUCAUAUCAAAGUUGUCUUGUCCCUGUCAGUCCUUCCAACUUUACUCCCAACCAGUCCCUCCUCGUUACCUCCUCUCCCUUACACCUGUAA